ACACCACUGCUCAUGGCACAGCGAGGGCACCAGAAGAGGAAAAAGAAGCGUAGGUGCGCGCUCUCGUUCUGGGUUCUUGGCCUGUGACCUAAGGAAGAAGGUGGCGCCAUUUCGCUUGAGAACAACAUCAGCUGGGUCCUAUACUGCUGCACCGGGACAAUGAGCACCGCAUUCCCGCCAGCUAGUCAGAGCGGCAGUCCACAAGUGUGUGCUGCGGAGCCACUGAAUGCUUCCCAGCGUUCAAGCGCCCCGGCAAUUUCCGCUUCCGAAGAGGCCACGCAACACGUAAGAGCCCCUGCGGCCCGACUGUGUCACUUGGUUCGUUCGCCCGACUACGACGGCUACGGUUUCAAACUGCUUACUGUCGAGCAGCUCUAUCUUCCACGAGUGACCGCCGUGGAAUCCGGAAGUCCAGCGGAAGCUGCUGGCCUACGAGUCAAUGACACUGUCAUCGAGGUGAACGAUGCAAGCUUAGAAGGGCUCAAAAAUCAGGAAGUCGUGCAGCUCAUCAAGUCGAUGCCCAACGAGGCUCGCCUCUUGGUCGUGGACGACGAAACCGCGGCCUGGUACGAAAGACAAGACAUCGCCAUCCGCAGCAACCUACUGAAGAUCGUCCACGUGAACUCCAAAGCACCAGAGAGUAAGACGCGCAAGAAGCAGGACACGACGCCGUCGCUCAGCAGUCUCUCAUCGGGCAGCACGACGCCGAGCGAGCUUGCCGGCGGUCUCCGGUUGUGCCACCUGCGCAAGUGGCCCAACUAUGAAGGAUACGGGUUCAGUGUCCGAGAAGACAAAGAGCGCCAGAGCUACUUCAUCACAGGCGUCAUGUCCAACAGCCCGGCAGAGCUGGGCGGACUCCGCAACGAUGACAGGCUCGUCGAAGUGAACGCGGUGUCGGUAGAGAACAAGAGCUACCAGGAGAUAAUGGGCCGCAUGGGAAAGGAGCCGGACCAAGUCGACUUGCUGGUCAUCGACCGCGAGACGGACGAGGCGUUCGCGAGCCGCAGCCAGAGACCCAGCGGCCAAGCGGACGGCGUGCUUCGGCGCUGGACACCCGGCCGACCACCACGGCUGACCUCAAGGAAAAGCAAGAAACCGGUUAACAAAGCAAGCCCAAAGCACAUCGCCACUUCAACUGCGAACGUCGCUGAACGUGACGGCCCAGCAGUCAGUGAAAGGCACCAGGUCGUGACCGAGGACGGCAACUUGAUCGAGUACAAACAGCAGCUUCCCGCCCCCCGGCCCGUGUUGGUGAACUGCGACAGUCCCUUAUCCACCCCGAGAAGUGGCACCGAUAGCAUCGACCUUGCGUCCGUUAGCAUCGGGUCAUCGGAAGCCAUGUCGCCCGUCGAGCCUACAGAAGGGCUGCGUCUGUGCCACUUGUGCAAGUGGCCAAACUUCGACGGCUACGGAUUCGCGCUGAACGCAAACAGGAACCGAGAAGGACAGUUCGUCGCGCACGUUGACUUCGGCAGUCCAGCCCAUCUCGGCGGCUUGCGAAAAAGAGACCGGAUAGUCGAGGUAAAUGGUGAAUCGGUACAGGGGGCCACCUACCGGGAGGUAGUCAACCGCAUAAAGAUGGAUCCCGGUAAGGUGGACCUUCUGGUCAUCGACCGGGAGACUGACGAGGAAUUCGCGCGUCAAAGCAAGACUCCCAGCAGCCAAGCAGACUGCGUGGUUGAACGCAGGACGCCACCUACACAGCCGCAGUCAUACGCCAGAGCUCCAGGUUUCAGGCUUUCCUUUUGUGAGGCCCUCGGGACAGCGACUACGCCCGAUGCACCCACUGUCAUCCCCGGCAACAUGCCUAGGGACGGGUGCACGGCGGCUGGAAAACCGCCCAGCAACCAACAGUCCAAGCCCACAUCGUCCGUUAAGCAUGUGCCACAACCUUCGGCACUUGUCGGCACAAGGCCAAUGACGCCAUCUUCGGAAACCCUUCGGUGCAACGACGACGAAGCCGCAUCACUCCGAAAUAAGGACAAUGGCCGCACCCAAUGGGCAGUCGAAAGUCAGCCGGCCAAGUCGGAGCCUCGCUACACUGCGUGGCCUCCUCCCAAGCUCUACACCAUCGAGGAAUCUCCCAGGCGCUCCACGCCCGCAACCUCCGCCUUCAUGGCGUCGCAGCUUCGCGUUUCGUCCGGACCGUACGACAACGGUUCGCCUUCGUGCUGUUCUGUGAGAAACGCCGCGGACUACUUCAUGGCCUUCGACGAGUCCUCCGGCCCUACCUCAACGGAGUUCAGUCCCGUUCGGAGCGCUACUCCGUCGAAUCACGACAGCCCGCACUACUCGCCGAUGCCCGCCACGCCAGCGGCGUCCGGUCAGACCAGUUACGCGUCCACCCAGCCGUGCGGGCCUUACUGUCCGGCGCAGAGCUGGUUGUCCAUGUCCUACCAGGCCCCUUACGUUCCGCUGGAGUCCGUUCCCCGGCAGGAGCGAUGGACCACUUACGCGCCGGGCUAUUCCGACUACCUGACGAUGUACUCGGGCUACGCGAGUGACGCGCCCCUCAACAGCGCCAGGGAGACGACGCCCGGUCUACGCCAGACGCCAGCCGAAUGCUGUGGCGCAGAGAAUCUUCACGCGUCACUGUACGAUCUGGCUAUCUCCCCGUCUAGCUCUAGAAGCAGAGUCGUCCCUCCAGAGCCCAAGCACAGCACUCGCAGUUCGACGAACGCGUCCAAUGAAGACGAAGGGAUCGAGGCGUGAGAUAAGAGCGACAAUGCCAACCUACAUUAGUGCUGUUCUCGCUACCCUCUCCUAAAUUCAUGAUUUACGCUAAUAUUUCUUUCUUGAUCGGUUUAACACCGUCCUCUUUCUGCUCUUGACUUCGACGUAUCCGCUUGCGAGUGUCUGACGUUUUGAACAAUCCUGUAUUGUCCAAAUCGGGAGACAAUGGGUGACCUAUGAACCGACCACGUGGCCACCACUAUACUGACUGUACUUCCCGGACGCCCAUCGGGUUUCUUAUUCUUCCUUCCUUAGGCGCUGUUCAGGCCGCCCAGCAACUGGUCUACGUUGGAAACGAAUUAACGAAGCCGCUCUGCCGUCACUGUCGUCCAAACGGACGAGUCUUGUCCACGUAUUUGUCUGCCUCACGACAGCCCAUUGUGCAUGUUACACUAAGAAUCCCAUACCUGGUGAGGACAAUGUCACCCCCAUAUGCUUUGCCUUUAAUUGCGGUACAGAUGAUCGACAUUGCGGCGCAUAAUGUUCAGGAUACAGAAGUGCAUUGAAGUUUGGCAGUUUCAGGAAUUUAAGGUCGAGAGGAACUGUGCAGCCACCAAUUGGAGGUUACUUCACGGACCUUUUAAUAGAGUGGAGACCUCACGUGUGCAUGUACUGCAGGCGAGGACUUUUUGUUGCCUCGGAUUAGGCUCUUUUUGGAUACUGAGCUACUAAUUCACGCGUAAUUGCGAAGUGCCUGAAUUUAGAUUUUUGUAAUUAACCAUAAAUGUCAAUCGCUGGAUGUCUCGACCA